AUGACAGAUGAACAACUUGAGACGUUCCUAAGGUUUCCGCUGCUCAACGUCGUCGGUUUCGGUAGCUACACUAUAUCGACGGCGGCCUUCCUAUAUUCGCCAGUCAUUAAAAGCCAGUAUGCUGCCCGACAUCAUGGCCUUGAACCGACCGUACGUUUCAACGAUCUCGUCUUUGGCCUGCAUGCGGUCGUCCUGGUCGUCCUAACGUAUAGCCAAUUCUAUCCCUCACUCUGGGGGUUCACCCAUUCAGAUCGCCAACGAGCAAAUCGCCCGGUCGUUGGUUUGUGUAUCGCAUGUGCACUCGCACUUGUCAUCAUCGCCUUGCUUGCUGGCAUCAAAAACGGCGUCGAGAACCAGGAUCCGUACGACUGGGCCUGGAUCGAUCUGAUCUAUAUGUUUGGUUACAUUAAGCUGGCUGUCACAUUUGUUAAGUACAUUCCACAGGCUUGGCUGAACUAUAAGCGCAAAUCGACAGAAGGCUGGAGCAUAUAUCAGAUCUUGUUCGACAUUACUGGCGGAGUUCUGUCCAUGAUCCAGCUCAUCAUCGAUGCGAGCUUUCAGGAUGAUUGGAGCGGUAUCACCGGAAACCCGCUGAAAUUCGGUCUCAGUGUCGUGUCCAGCGGAUUCGAUUUGCUUUUCAUUGUGCAGCAUUAUAUCCUGUAUCGAGACUCGGAUCAGCGGCAGAAGCCUCGGGAGGAAGAGCCUCUCCUGCAGCAACCCGAGACCUGA